CCAAAGAAUGGAAAUUUCUCUGUUUUCAUUCCGGUCAAAGAGCAGUUUUUCCUCUGAAAUCCAAGGAAACCUUUCCAGCUUGGUCCGACGGAGCCCAUUUGAACUGGUAGGGAGCAGAAUGGAUGGAAAACACCAAGACUAGCGAUUCAUUGUGUCAACAAGACUGAAAAAUACGAAAACGCAGCCAGCCUACCAUUUCAUGACUGAAAGAACCUGUAAAUAAUCUGCGGAAAGACACUGCAGCUUUUCAAUUUACAGUUCAAUUUAUUGUUUUCCGCGAAAUUCCAGUAGUGGGAUGCUUUGGCGUUGUGUUGCUUCCUAGGGUCUAACAGUACAAUUCAGGGAGAAAUAUGGGUGAAGUUCAGGACGUCAGGGAUGUUCAGAAGACAUUCGUUGCUCCAGCAAUAAAGUCUUUUGAGCACUAUGACUUCUCCCGAGCCAAAAUCUGUUGCAGCCUCACAUGGCUGGUAGCCAAGGCGUACGGGACAGACAGCAUCCCAACAGACUUGAAGGAUCCCUUCUACACAGACCAGUAUGAGCAGGAGCACCUGAAGCCUCCCGUGACCAGCCUCCUGCUGUCUGCAGACCUCUACUGCAGGGCCGGCAGCCUCAUCCUGAAGAGGGACGCCGCCAAGCCUCUGCUGGGCCAUGAUGCCGUGAUCCAGGCGCUGGCACAGCGUGGACUCUACAUCACCGACCAGGAGAGACUGGUCACUGAGAGGGACCUUCGGAAGAGGCCUCUACAAAUGAGCGCCCAUCUGGCAAUGAUAGACACUUUGAUGAUGGCGUACACAGUGGAGACUGUGAGUGUGGAGAAGGUGAUGGCCUGCAUUUGUCAGUAUUCAUCCUCCAACCCUGAUGUGGAAACACCGUAUGACACAGAAGAUGCAGUGACGACCUGGAUCAACAAGGUAAAUGAAUAUCUGAAGGACAUUGUGGCUCAGGAGCAGAGGAAGAAGGAGACGCAGAGUGCUGAGCCUGCUGGGAGUCCUCGGUCUCCAACCAAGUGGUACAUGAAGCUUGUGCCUGCUCGGUACAGGAAGGAGCAGGCCUCGACCCAGCCAGUUCCCUGGAUCCCCCCAGUGGACAACCUGCUGAAAGACAGCACAGACGGCUCGGCCCUGGGCGCUCUGCUGCACUUCUACUGCCCUCAGCUGCUACAACUGGAUGAUGUCUGUCUGAAGGAGAACAUGACGCUGGCUGAUCGGCUGUACAACCUGCAGCUCAUCCAAGACUUCUGCAAAGACAACCUGAACAGCUGCUGCCACUUCAGCCUGGAAGACAUGCUCUACGCCUCCUCCACUAUUAAGAAUAACUAUCUGGUGUUCAUGGCAGAGCUGUUUUGUUGGUUUGAGGUGGUCAAGCCGUCUUUUGUGAAACCAAGAACGCUGGGCAACGAAGGCACAGAUCCCUCUUCCUUGUUGAAGAGUAUUCCAGCCAUUCCCAUCUCCAAGGCAACUAAGAGAAGCUUCAUGGAAAGAUCCCCCAGUCCUGAAAGACCCAGUUUGCCCCUCCGACCCCAGCCUAGAAACUCAGGAGAGAUUAAGAGGUCAACCUCAAUGUCCUUUGUUGAUGGCAAUCUCGGCACCUGGCCUAAAGAGAAAAGAUCUGGGCCUUAUGGAGUGUCUUUUGACAUCCCCUUUGACAAAGAGGACUCUGCUCCUGCACCUCUUUCCUCCACACGUGGCAUGGUCAGGUCUGUCAGCACCGAUGACGGUUCUGGUUUCAAGGUCCACCACCUGCCCCGUGGAAUGAAGCGCAACUUAUCUUUCCAGCCAGUGAAUGGUCAGAGUAUUGGUAUUGAGGAGGAGGGCUGCCCAGACAGCCUAGCUGGUAUGGAGCCUGGCAGGCAAGCUUAUCCCAACGGACAUGGGAGUGUCAUGGCAACAACUCCCUCCAUGGAGGAGGCCCUGCAGAUUAUCCAUAGUCCUAGCAGGCCCCCAGUGGAGGGCAUCAACAACGGUUUCUUCCUGCACAGUCAGGACCAUGCGGCUACUGUUGGUGGCUUAGAGCCAGUGUCAGAGGUGGACUCCAAAGGACCUCUGAGCACCACAGACACCACAGAGGUGGACACUGGGAUCCAUAUUCGAACAGAGGACAUGCUAGAUGAGGAUUCCUCUCUGAAAGACUGCUCUGUGAACAUGGAGCUGGAUAUGGAUACGCCAAGCCCUUGCCCGAGCAGCCAGAGCAAAUCCCCCACAGGAGUGAAGUUGACCAGCUUUGCUGAACAGAAACUGAAGAAGAUCAAUCCAUCAGCGCCAGACUCAGGGAGGGGCAGCAGCAGCUCCCUCAAGACCACUCCUGAGGGCUCUGAGUUUGGCCUCCCAUUAUCUGUCUCCUGGGCCCCAACCCCUGAGCACAGCCCCAUCCAUCAACAAACCAAAUCGCCCCUUACUGCACAAGCAUCACCAACACCUGUCCAGCUUCCACCCAAUGACCCUGCUCAGGUCAUGGCUACAGAGAUGGUACAGCUGAGGAUGAGGCUGGAGGAGAAACGGAAAGCCAUUGAAGCACAGAAGAAGAAAGUGGAGGCUGCUUUUACAAGACAUCGGCAAAAGAUGGGUCACUCUGCGUUUCUCAAUGUGGUAAAGAGAAAAGGGGAUGGGGCUGCCAGUGGAGAGGAAGGAGGGAAAACUGAGGGAGAAGGCAAGGCAGCAAGCACAAGUCCUGUCUUUAAAUUUGGAAGGAGCAAAGCAGACACACCUGAUGGGGCAGAACAAAGCAACACAGCCUCCUGUUGGACAAAGUCACCCGUUGCAGGAGAGGAGGGUGGACAAAGUCCCGCUCAGUUAACUGAGGUGGACCUCACAGAGUAUACACGUUCUAUUGAGAAGCUCAACCACUCAUUAGCAUUCCUCCAGACUGAGAUGCAGCGACUGGCUCAGCAGCAGGAAGUCAUCAUGGCCAUGAGGGAGCAACAACAUCAGCAGGCGUGGGUCAUCCCUCCUCCACAUACAAACCCCUCACCGCAAAAACACAGUCGAGCCGGAGCUGUUACUCGAUCCUCAGGACCCUCCUCUCCUGCUGACUCCCCUCGUUCCACCCACCGCUCUCCAACCAGCAUCAAACGAAAAUCUGCCUCCUUCCACUCGCGUAAUCCCCGCACUGCUCGUCCCACCGAGCUCAAGCUAGCCCCCUACAAUCGAGUCCUAACCGCCCCGCAAUCUGUCGAUAGCAUCCCAAGGCUGCGUCGAUUUUCUCCCUGCCAGCCUUUGGCAAGUUCCUUCGUUUACAUGGGAGAGAAACCAGCAACCGCCAAUCCGGAGACAGUAGCUCCAGAUGGAGAUAAAAACAAGGAGAUUGAUUCCCUCUUUUCCCCAGAGAGGGACCUUGCCAGUGUAUGUGUAGCCAGCUCCCCCCCCAGCUCCCCCACCCAGCAGAACAAAAGAGGGAAAACAGAAGUAGAUUCAAAUGCCAAAACCCAGGAAACAGAGGCUCACAACCAAUCCAAGAUCACUGCCGCUCACAAAUCAGUUGUAGAUGUCAAACCUACCAUAGAGUCAUCAUUCCCUGAGGUACUGGCCCACCCUGUGGUGGAAACCUUCACACUGACACCCACAGAGAUCCCUCCCCAGCCAGAAGCUUCAGGCCAAGCAAAGAGCAGCUUGAUUGAGGUUCCUCUUUCAGUCGUGAAACCACUGGAGGACCUGACCCUUGAUGAUGGUUUGGAGAUGCAGCAGGGAAAUGCAGAAGGCCUGGAUGAGGAGCAGAAGAUGUGUCGUGGUUUCUUCUUCAAGGAGGACGGAAAGGCUGAGGAGAACAUGGCUCAGAAGAGAGCGGCGCUGCUGGAGAAAAGGAUGAGGAGGGAGAAGGAGAGCCAGCAGAGGAAGAUGCAGCAGGAGGCUGAGCUGGAGCAAAAGAAAGAGGAAGCUCGACUGAAAGCAGAGGAGGAGCGUCUCAGGAAGGAGGAGGACAAGGCCAGGAGGGAGUUCAUCAAACAGGAAUACCUCAGGAGAAAGCAGCUGAAACUGAUGGAGGACAUGGACACCGUCAUUAAACCUCGACCAGCCGGUGGCGCCAAGCAGAGGAGGGGCAGGCCAAAGUCCAUCCACCGUGACAGCAUGGACUCCCCCAAAACCCCUGUCAGAGCUGCCACAGUCUCCAGCUUGUCCCUUGCUUCCCUCAACCUGGGAGACAGCGACAGCGUUCAAUCUGAGAAGAGAACACCAAGGCCUGACUCUGCAGAUGGCUUCCUGUCCCCGAGUCGCUCCAGCAGCAGGAAUGGAGAGAAGGACUGGGAAAAUGGAUCCACAACCUCCUCUGUGACAUCCAACACAGAGUACACUGGACCGAAGCUCUACAAAGAACCCAGUGCCAAGUCUAACAAGCACAUCAUCCAGAAUGCUCUGGCCCACUGCUGCCUCGCAGGCAAGGUCAAUGAGGGGCAAAAGAACAAGAUCCUGGAGGAAAUGGAGAAAUCAGAAGCCAACAACUUCUUAGUGUUGUUCCGUGAUGCCGGCUGCCAGUUCCGCUCCCUCUACACUUACUGCCCCGAGACGGAAGAGAUCAACAAGCUGACAGGUAUUGGCCCCAAGAGCAUCACACGCAAGAUGAUCGAUGGCCUGUACAAGUACAACUCGGACAAGAAGCAAUUUAGUCAGAUACCAGCCAAGACCAUGUCGGCCAGUGUGGACGCGGUGACGAUCCACAACCACCUCUGGCAAACCAAGAAGCCAGCCACCCCUAAAAAAGUAGUGCCUGCCCUGUCCUAAUGGAACUUGUUACCCCAAACAUCACCAUUUCCCCCUCGAAUGGAACAUACCCAUUUCAAUUUGCACUUCAUUGUACAUAUCCAUAAAGAUUCAAACACCUGCAAUGCCAAUUAGAUGAAUGCAUAUAUGUUUUUUUCAUGUUUGUUUUUCCUCUCAUUGCAUUCCUGUCCUUCUUUUUUCUCCUUACUCUGGACCGGACAUGAUAGGACUCAAAGAUUAGGAGCAACUGGAAUGUAUGCCACUGUUGAAGAAUGAUGUAAAUGCUUAUCACUUCUGUGUUUCUAGAGACUGUCACGUUUAAGUCAGUUCACGAAGGCAUGUAUGAGUGUUCUUCUUGUUUCCUAUGUGCCAAACGUCAAAAAAAAGAGACAGUAUGAAUGCUAGGACAUUUUACUCGGUACAGUGAAGCACUGAAUGUUUUUAAUUCAUGUACAGAUUGAUUUUUGUUUGCAUUAUCCUGUUGAUGUGUGGCCUUAUGCUUGUUUUGUUUUAGCGUGUGCGAGUGCAAUGAGAUGGUUGUAAAGCAGCGUAUAUACUGAGGCUCUUUUUGUAUUUGGAGGAACACGUUUUUUCUUCAUCUCCGUGGGUAAAACAGUUUGUAUAUUAAGGUACGUAAAAACUACAGAGGGCCAAAAAACUAAUUGCAUACAGCUAGGAUUAGCCACAUGGUACACGUGUGUUCAGCUCAACAAAGCCAAGCGGUUUCAGCUUUUUCAGAACUCUUUUUGAGAAGGUGAUUUUAAAGAAUGCAGGACGUUACUCUAGGUCACUGGUUCUCAACCUCUGGGUCUGGACACCUUCAGAAGAUUUGAGCUAUAAUAUACAAUGUGUGAAAAACAUAUUUCUGAUAUACAAAUAUGCUAUCAUGUUAUUGUGAUACAUUUCUUUUUUCUCGUAAGUAGUUGAAACUUUAAAACCUAAACCAAUAAUUAAGUAAAACUAACCCUUGUUGCAUCAGAGUUGACCUGGUGGUUUGUUGGCACUCACAGCGGGGCUUUACAUGGAGGCAUUGCUUCAGACAAAAAGGUUGAGAACCAGUGUUGUAGAUCACUUUGCUGCUGGUUCACAGCAGGUUUGUGAACAAAUAAAAACACCUCAGUAUUAUUUCUUCCGUAUUUUGAAAUGCUGCCCACUGCACCAUGUAGAAACUUUGCAGUAUAUUAAGAUAAUGCACAAUCACACACUCAGCCACUGGUAUCAGGAACAUGACUAAAAUCCAAGACAUAAUGACACCUAAGACGCAUUUCUCUUUAUAUCUAUAUCAGGAUUCAAAAUGAAAUUGUUGUGCUAGUACUCUCUUGACAGUAUUCAAUUCAAGAUUACACACUACUCAUCUUAAUAAUGUCUGCACUCAUAAAGCUUUAAGGCACUUCAGGUCCAUCAAGCACCAAAAUGUAGUUGACAUAGUGCACACACAAAGUCUAGAUUUCUGAUUAGUUAAAAAUCAGUUGCUCUGUUAUUAAAGAAGCCAGUCAUGCAUCAGUGAGUUACUGUCUGACUCAUGAAAAAUGGCCACACUGUUACAAAAUGGCUGUUAUUUUCAACACAUCUGUGCAUCAGUUGUUCUUUUGUCACACAAAUGUGUGUUAUCCCAAACUAAACAUUAUCUGAGUGUGUAUUAGCAGCAUCUGUCGCAUAUAAAUGGAACACGUCCAUCCAGGCCAGGUUAGAUUUCUUUGUUUUUCCUAUUAUUGGGAGAAUGAAUCUCACAGAAUAAUGCAUGGCAGAAUGGGCAGAUCCUUGUUGCUGCAUACGGGUAAGAGACUCGCUACAGGGUUUCAUUGGUGUCAGCAACAUGUUCCUUUUGCCACAGAAUGUCAAGUCAACACCAUUCGAAGGUAUGAUUUCCAACAAAUCAAAUCUGCCAACAUGGUGCUUUGCUUUCAACUGGGGGGGGGUAUUUAUGACCAAAAGAGAGCAUAUACAUGUCUUUGAAAAUGUAAAACAAUAUGACAAAGUGAAGAAGUUUCUUUGUUGUUUAUUGAAAGGAUUUGUCCACAGAAAGCUCUGUCCACCUGCUUUUGGCUGUUUAAGGCCAAGGGAAAAGAUUAUUUAAAGUGUAAUGAUAUUGUACAGUGUGUUCAUGUGCGCUCAUACCUAUUACUAUGAUGACCUUGUUUUGUUUGUCAGACACUGUGCUGUCAUUCAACAUAUUGCUGAACAUGUAGUUUAAUUUUUGUUUUUGUUUUUUUCCUUUUCGCAUUUAAUAAACUUAAGCAUGGCCUCAGCAUUUAUAUGGUAUUAACUGUAAAACAAAAUGUCUACUUUAAAAGGAGGGAAAGUGAUAGAUAGAUAGAUUGAUAGGUUGAUAGGUAGGUAGAUAGAUAGAUAGAUAGAUAG